AUGGGGCUGGUUACGCCCCUCCCCCGCCAAAGCCACUCCCUGGGGGCCGUCCCCAGCUGCUCCCCACUCCCCACAGGGGCAGGACCUGGGCUGAUACUGGAGCAGAGGAAGGAAGCUGUAAUCUCUGCUCCUAGAAGUUUUUUAUUUUCAAAAUGUCCCUCCCAGCUGCUAUCUUCAAAGUGUACUCUGUCUGCAGCUGGUGCAGGCCGAGAAGGAAGUGGUUUGUCCCUCCCCGUCUCAGGAUGCUUUCUGGGGCCACUGAUCACGGCUGGGAGCCAGAGGCCACGGGUGCAGUUAGACGGUGCUGAGAACUUGGUAAUGAUCCCCCUGAGCCCCCGGCCCCAGUCUGAGCCAGGCUCUUCUCUCUUCAUCAGUCGCGUGUGUCCUUACGUCACUCCAGCCGUUGUUUGUGUGUGUGUGUGGCUUCGUCGGGGCUUUGCUGCGGCACACGGGACCUUUGCUGCAUCAUGGGGGAGUUUUCAUCACAGCACUCAGACUCUGGUUGUGGGUUCUAGAGCACUCGGGCUUAGUUGCCCUGUGGGGGGUGGGAUCUUAGUUCCCCGAGCAGGGAGCGAACCCUCGUCCCCUGCAUUGCAAAGACUGAAAGUGAAGUAG